GACUCCGCGGAUGAAGACACCACAUCAUCGACUUGCAAAAAGGACGAUUCCUGUGAUGUAACCUCUAUUUUCGCUCAGAGGCGUCGACAAACCAUAUACGCGAACAUGGAAUACAGAGCUGAGGAGCAGGAACGCAACACCACGGAACAUUUAAUUAGGCGAACAAAUCCCGAAUAUAAAGCAGCAGAGCAGGAGAGCGACACAAUAGGAAAUUCAAUCAGGCGUUUGAAUCCGGAGUAUAGAGUUGAGGAGCAAGGACGCAACACUGCGGAAUGCUCCACCAGACGGACGAAUCCCGAAUAUAGAACCGCAGAGCAGGAGCGCGACACAAUAGCACAUUCAAUCAGGCGUUUGAAUUCGGAGUAUAGAGUUGAGAAGCAGGGGCGCAACACUGCGGAACACUCCACCAGACGGACGAAUCCCGAAUAUAGAACCGCAGAGCAGGAGCGCGACACAAUAGGACAUUCAAUCAGGCGUUUGAAUCCGGAGUAUAGAGUUGAGGAGCAGGGACGCAAUACUGCGGAACACUCCAAUAGAUGGACGAAUCCCGAACAUAGGACCGCAGAGCAGGAGCGCGACACAAUAGGACAUUCAAUCAGGCGGUUUAGUCCGAAAUAUAGAACUCAGGAGCAGGAGCGCGACGCAAUGGAGCGUACUGUACGACGCCAGAAUCCAAUAACCAGAGAAGAAGAAAGGCAACGAGAUGCAGAUAUGAACGACAAUGUGCUWUUCGUGGAGCAGUAG